AUGGCCGCAAACCCUCACGGAACUUACUACGAUCGCCAGUAUCGCCAGGGCCCCUCCCUCCUCCGUGCCCGAAAGCCAUACUUAGCAAAGAAUGCCGCCACUGGUAUUGGAUUAACAAUGAUCGUUGCAGGGAUCUAUGCCUACACCUUGCGCCAGGUCGGCCAGGACGAUUUCGAAGAUGUCAAGGUCCCCGAUGUACCCCGAGCGCCAUCCGGCUCAAAAUAA